GUUUGUUUUCUUGCCUCAUCUUUGUCCCUCUGUCCCGCAGGUGCCAGUGUCUGAGUCCCUCUCGGUGUAUGUGUGGUAACAACAUGUCUGUCCCCCUCCUCGCUGACGCAGUGACUGUCUCAGGGGCAGAGCGGGAGACUGCCGCGGUCAUUUUUUUACAUGGCCUUGGAGACACGGGGCACAGCUGGGCUGACGCUCUCUCCUCCAUCCGCCUCCCCUACGUGAAAUACAUUUGCCCUCACGCGCCCCGGAUCCCGGUGACCCUCAACAUGAAGAUGGUUAUGCCCUCCUGGUUUGACCUGAUGGGGUUGACUCCAGAUGCACCUGAGGAUGAAGCUGGGAUCAAGAAAGCUGCAGAAAACAUUAAAGCAAUUAUUGAGCACGAGAUGAAGAAUGGGAUCCCACCCAACCGCAUCAUCCUGGGGGGCUUCUCACAGGGUGGUGCCUUGUCGCUGUACACGGCUCUCACUUGCCAGCACCAACUGGCCGGCAUCGUGGCGCUCAGCUGCUGGCUCCCGCUGCACAAAGCCUUCCCGCAGGCGGCGAAUAACGGCGUGAACAAGGACAUCGCCAUCCUCCAGUGUCACGGGGAGAUGGACCCCAUGAUCCCCGUCCGUUUCGGGGCCCUCACUGCUGAGAAGCUGAAAUCUGUCGUCACCCCCACCAAGGUCCAGUUCAAAACCUACCCCGGCGUGAUGCACAGUUCCUGUCCUCAGGAGAUGAUGGCGGUGAAGGAGUUCAUUGAGAAGCUGCUGCCCCGGAUCUAAGCGGAGCCAAUCCAGACUGUCGCAGGGAAGGACGCCGAGGCCGCAGCCGCCGAUCUUUCCCUCGUGACCCCGUCCGCUGCAAACGGAAGCCAUGGCACCCCCACCGCACCUCCCGCCGCACCCCCGGCCCCCGCCUCUCCCCGGCUCCUCGCGCCACGUCCUCUGCGCCUGGGGGUGCCCCGUCUCUCCCCGCUGCUCUCGGAGCUGAGAUCGGAGCUGUCUAAGGCGAGUCUUCGAGUGGCCUUUUCUCUCCUCCUCUUGCUCCGAGAGGGUCUCUGGGGGGGGUCACCAUCCCCUCGACUCCCCCGUUCAGGCACCGCAGUGUGUGGGUCUGGCACAGCGCGGGUGAGGUUUGAUUUUUGGUUUGGUUUUUUUUUUUUUUUGUUGGGUUUGGGGUUUGUUUUUGGGUUUUUUUGUAACAGUAUUAGGGGUGGGACGUGCCCCCGUGCGGCGGGAGGAGCGGUGCGGGCACAGAGCAGGGUUGGGGCACCCUCCAUGGCCCGGAGCAGCCCCUGCUCCUCCUCUGCCCUCGGCUCUCCGUGGCUCCUCUCUCCGCUCAGGCGACUCACGGGUUUUCAGUCAGAGCUCAGGAACCCGAGACUCUCCUGCGAACGCCUCAAAGCCCAGGGGAGAGGCUCCGCUCCGGGCCCGUACAGCCAAAGGCUGCCCCGUCUCCUGGGGCUGGCAGAGGGGUGUCCACGCAGCUCCUGCACCUCCUCGCACGGGGCCACAGCCCCUGCCCUGUCGCACACGCACACUCCCCGGCAGCCUCAGCCCUCGGCUUGUGGCAGCUCUGUCCUCCUUGAGAUAAUCGUCUCCUUCCUCCUCCUCUUCCUCCUCCUCUUCUCGUUGUUACUUUUACAAUCUCCUCCUCAGCCCGGCGGGGGGGUCCCAGAGGUGUCUCUCCUUCCCUCAGCCCAGCUCUGUGCCCUCAGAGCCCCAAAGUGCUGCCGUUUACAGCCGGUGUCCCAGCAGCUUUGCCGUGGAGCCUGCCUGGCGCUGGCCCAGUCCUUGACGUCUCUCUUGCUGCUACUUCUCCUUCCCUUUGGACUCGGGCUGGCUCCAGGAGGGAGAGGUGAGGUGAGGAGAGGCUCCUGGUCCCCAGGGAAGGCUCCUGGUCCCCAGGGUUGGCUCCUGGUGCAGCUGGAGGAAGCAGCUUUGCUCCCAGCCAUCAUCUCACCAGCAUCUUAACGCCCGGGUGCCGCUGUGCCCCAUCCUGUGGGGCGGUGGAGGGGGGAGUUUCUCCUUGCUCCACAGGACCAGGGCUCUGUUGGCUUUUCCGUUGUACAAUCACAGUUUCCCUGGCUGGAGGCUGCAGCCAAGGCUUGUCCUCUUGAGUGGGGUGGUGGGUCCAUCCCCACCAGCAGAGCAGCUCCCUGGGCACAGGGCCCCGAAUGUCUCGUGCGCGGGUGGGCUCCUGGCCGCCCCCUCCCCUGCCCUAGGGCCGAGGGCACUCGCUGUUGAGCAGCGCUGCCCUUCUCCUCGCUUCCCCUCCCACGGGCUGAGCCCACAGCGCCGCUGGGUCCUGCCGGGCUGGAGCCCUACAUGUCUUUUAAGAAAUAAAAAAAAACAAAAAACCACCACAAACCCCGCCCGUCGCUCCCUCCCGUGCGCCCUGUCCGGCCCCUUGCCCCGCAGAGCCUCUGCUGGGUGCCCCGUGGCUAGCAGUGGGCUCGUGGUGCCAGGGCAAGGGCUGCUCUGGGGGGCAAGGGGGGGUCUCGGCGCCGGCAGCUCUGCCCCAGCCGUGCCCUCCCCGCCUGGGAUGCGCAAAGCAAUAACCCGCUCUCCGGAGAGUCGGAUCUGUCGGACCCAUCCUUGGUUUCUUGGGUUAUUUUGGGGUUGGUUGGGGUGUUCGGUUGGUUUUUUUCUCCUCCCCCCUUCCCUUAGGAAGUCUUAAAGCAGCAAACCUGCUGCUGGCACUGGGGGGAGCCCGGCUCUUCCCUUUGCUUUUGGGGUUCAGUCCUGCUAUUCCUUCUAUUUUUGUCUCUUUUAAAGCUGCUGUGUCCUCCCCUCCCUGCG